CCCAGUAGAUAAAUAGAUAGAUAAAACUUAUAACACUAUAAGUUUGGUUUUAUUUUCAUUCUUACUUUCUGUUCGCUAGAAAAUGUGUCAAUCAAAGUAAGUUUGCUUGGCCUUGAUUCUUACUGGCUGUAUUAGUCAAUACAGACAUCUGAUUGGAGAAGGGAAUUAAGUCCCACCCCUCCAGGUUGAAGUUCGGCAGCGCAGUCAAAGCGACAACACAAGCAGACAAGUAGUUAUAAACUAGUUAAGCUGAAAAAAAAAGAGCGUGGAUAAAUUAAAUUAAAGCAACCUUGAGAUGACACAUAGGAGAAGUGGAAGAGGUGAUUAUAUGAUCUGUGUGCCAGGAGUUGAAUGCUUUUGGCAGAGUCUUGGCUAGGUUUUUGAGAUUCCCUGGAGAUACCCUUAGAUUUGGAUUUUGGAUUCUCCUUGACGAAGGAGAUGGCGAGCCAGUACUGAACCAGAUCCCCUUACUUAUCCCAAGGAGUUGGAACCAUCUUUGCCCAGAGGAGAAGACCAUCCCGGCCUUCAUUCUCCAUCAUUUGAGUGGUAGGACUGUGACAACUUCACACCUUACCAUAUGACUUCUGACAGAACUAAAACGUUUUGAACUGAAACUGACCCUCUGACUUAAGCUAGCUGAACGGACGACAACUAACUAAACUGGAACUUGAGUGGAUCAAAGGAAUCCUGGACUUUAUUAAUCUUGAACUCUAUUCAUACCAAAGACAUUUCCUUGUGGAGUUGAACUGUGUUGGGUAUUAUAUUUCUAAGGUGGUUUAUGUUAAUUUCAACACUGUGAAACUAUUUUUGUUCCAGAGUCCUGGUUAAGAAAGGACCUUUGUUAUUUUUCAUUAUACAACUUUCAAUACAUUCACAUUUGAUGUUAAAGUACCCUGUGGCUCCAGUUGCUUAUUGUGUCUUUCAUACUCUUUCAACUCCUCCUAAGAACCUAGACACUGGUCCUAAAUGUAUUUGAGUAUUCUGUUAACUACAUGUGGGUUACAGACGUAAUUGUGGCGAGCCAGCCAGGAGGAGUUAAUUUGUAAAGAAAUUAAUGUGGACAUUCUUUGAGUAGCUGGAGCAACAGAAGGCUGUUUUAACAUUCAAUUACUUUGAGUUUUGUAGUAAUUCGCUUUAAUUUUCAACUUGAAAGGUAUUCCUGGUGCAUUAACCUAAAAGAAAAAUGGAAGUUGUAAAAUUACAGAACAUUAAGGUUCAAAAUGCUGUUUUAGUUAGUGGACUAACUCACAGUGAAAUAGACAAUGAAGUUUUUGACUUCCUGAAACAGUUUGGGUCCGUAGCUAGGUUAGUUGAAGUGCCUUCUGCGGGUAAAGAAGUGAAAGUUAUCGUUGAGUUCCAACAUGAAGCUACAGUCAAAGAGCUAGAGAAACAACACCUACCUCUCAACAGAGUUUGUACUGCAAACCCGCAGGUUGUUCACUACGUUCAAAGCCUAAUGAGUGUUUAUAGCAGUGAAGUUAGUGCUUCUGCAACAGUAGCUUACCUGACUGAGCUGAAAGAUCUAGCACAGAGGAGUAGCAAAUCAUUUGAAGACAUUUUGAGAGAGGAGUUGGCUAGGAUAGGAGAGUCAGUGGGAAGAGAGACUCAAGAUAAUGGUACUGAAACUCCUGCAGAACCAGCACCAACACCUCUCACAGACGAACCACAAGUUAUGCCACCCAUCUCCCUUGCUGAUGAAGAGGCAAGCUCAGUUAGCAUCACAUCCCAGACUGCUGAGGUUGUCACAGAGAUUACUUCCCAUGAAGAUGGAAAAAUGCAUUCCCCCCAAACCCCAGCAGAACUACACAGCACACCCGAGGUGCAGCGUGUCAUUGUGGAGCACAUCGUUAGAAGCAAUGAGAUGGCUCCUCAUUCCAACUUGUCCUACAAGCUGAAACCUUUCUCAGGGAGAGUUCCCCACCCGGCUUUUGAAGUUGAUUAUGAUGCUUGGCGUAGCAGUGUGGAAUUUUGCUUGAAUGAUCCUGUGAUUUCAGAUACCCAGGUUGUGAGGAAGAUUGUUGAGAGCCUCUCACCCCCAGCAGCACACAUUGUGAAAUCACUAGGUCCAAAAGCCACCCCUAAGGCUUAUCUUAAACUGCUUGACUCAGCCUAUGCAACAGUGGAAGAUGGUGAUGAGCUCUUUGCUCGCUUCUUGAACACCAACCAGAAUGUUGGUGAGAAAGCUUCUGAUUACUUGCAAAGGCUACACACCACCUUGAGUUCGGUCAUAAGCAGAGAAGGGAUUGUUCCUAGUGAUGCUGACAAACAACUUCUCAGACAGUUCUGUCGUGGCUGCUGGGAUAGCCCAUUGCUAUUGAGUCUCCAGCUUGAACAACGUAAAACUGAUCCCCCAUCUUUUGCUGAGUUUCUUCUUCUACUCCGUACUGAAGAGAAUAAGCAGGCAAGCAAAGCAACGAGAAUGAAACAACAUCUAGGGAUCACUAAAACCAGAGCUCUUUCACACGUGCAGACCACAUUAAUGUCAAGCAUGGACAGUUUUGAUACUACCUCAGAUCCCGAUAGUGUUUCUUAUGCUGCCCAUAAUGACCUCAAGAAGGAGAUUGCAGAUCUUCGUGCUCAAAUAGCACAACUCAAAACCUGCACCACUGAGAAACCUGUAAAAAAGGCAUCAAAAGAAACCAAAAAACAACUGCAAAAGACACAAAAUGAAUCAGCAAUGAAAGAGAUUAAACCAGAAAGGAAAGAAAUGAAACAAAUUACAGCAACAUUGCAUAAACCCAAGCCUUGGUAUUGCUUCAGAUGCGGUGAAGAUGCUCACAUUGCUUCUAGCUGCAAUAACGACCCAAAUCCUGCGUUGGUAGAGGCAAAAAGGAGAGCGCUCAGAGAAAAGCAGCGGGUGUGGGAAAUCUCCAACACACCUGACUUAUCUGAUUUAAACUAGUUCAAGCUUCUGUUGAGGGACAAACAGAAGCUAACAAUGGAUCACGUCCCGCCUUUGCAAAUACUGAGAAGGCCUUAAGCUUACAUACUGCUGCUAACGGUAACAGAAAACUGCCUAGCCGACUUGUGGGAAAAAAAUGUACAACCAGAGUAGCUGUCGAUGGAGUGGACUGCAACUGUCUCCUGGAUACAGGCUCACAAGUCACAACCAUAGCCAUGGCCUUCUAUCAAGAUCACUUAUCUGAACACCUCAUUAAGCCCAUCUCUGACCUCCUUGAAGUCGAGGGAGCAAAUGGCCAGAAUGUCCCAUAUCUAGGAUACGUGGAAACCAACAUUAGGUUUUCCAAAGACUUCCUGGAGACUGAACCUGAAAUUGCCACCUUGGCACUAAUUGUGCCUGAUCUUCGUUCAAAUAGCGAUAUUCCACUGCUUAUUGGCACAAACACUCUUGACCCCUUAUAUGAGCAGCAUGGUGAGGAGCCCAUGUCUCGUUGGAAGUCCCUUCCUUAUGGCUAUCAACAGGUUUUAAAAACACUUGAAGUCAGGAGAAAACAAACAGAGAGUGGGAAAAUAGGCCUGGUGAAACUCAAAGGACGGACCCAGGAAGUCCUUCCAGCAAAUCAGAAGGUGCUGCUUGAUGGUUUUGUGUGUGCCAACCAAGCAAAAUCUGAACAAUGGGCACUAAUUGAGCAACCAACUAGCUCCUCUUUACCUGGUGGUGUCUUUGUAGAUUGCUGCCUUAUCACUUUGCCAAAGAAGGGUCCCUACAAAGUUCCUGUACUACUCAGAAAUGAGACAAAUCAUGACAUCACACUGCCCACAAACUGCGUAAUAGCAGAGCUAGUUGUUCCUGAUUGUGUCAUUCCAAAUCCUAUGCCAGACGAGAAAAGUGGCCCAAAAAUUUCUGCUAACUGUUCUGCUCAGCAGCAGACAACAGAUACAAAAUCUACCCUGAGUUUUGACUUUGGCAUUUCACCUCUCUCUGAAGAGUGGAAACAAAGAAUCACUCAAAAGUUAAACUCUUUCUCUGAUGUCUUCUCCCACCAUGACCUCGACUUUGGUCACGCAAACAAGAUUCAACAUCACAUCAAGCUUAAAGAUGAGACUCCAUUCAAACAGAGAUCCCGGCCCAUUCACCCUCAUGAUUUUGAAGCAGUCAAAAAGCAUCUUCAAGCUCUUCUAGACGCAGGCAUCAUCAGUGAAUCCGAGUCCCCAUUUUCAUCGCCAAUUGUGGUGGUGCGGAAAAAGAAUGGUGAUGUGAGACUAUGUGUGGAUUAUCGGAAACUAAAUCUGCAGACCAUCCGUGAUGCCUAUGCAUUGCCAAAUCUGGAGGAGUCCUUUUCAGCCCUGGCGGGAUCACAGUGGUUCUCUGUGAUGGACCUCAAGUCAGGGUAUUAUCAAAUCGAGAUGAAUGAAGCAGAUAAACCAAAGACAGCUUUUGUGUGCCCCUUUGGGUUCUAUCAGUUCAAUCGUAUGCCCCAGGGAAUCACGAAUGCCCCGAGCACUUUUCAAAGGCUCAUGGAAAAAUGCAUGAAAGACAUCAAUUUGAAAGAAGUGCUCGUCUUCCUGGAUGAUUUGAUCGUGUUCUCCAGUACACUUGAAGAGCAUGAAACCAGACUCAGUCAUGUCCUUGAACGCCUGAGAGAAUACGGACUCAAGCUCUCACCCGAAAAAUGUAAGUUUUUUUCAAACCUCUGUCCGCUAUCUUGGACACAUUGUAUCCAGGGAUGGAGUAAAAACUGAUCCUGAGAAGGUCGAAACAUUAAAAACCUGGCCAAGACCACAGACCCUGAAAGAACUUCAGUCAUUCCUGGGAUUUACUGGUUACUACCGUAGGUUCGUUAAAGACUACUCAAAGAUAGUCAAACCGCUUACCUCUCUCACCGCCGGUUACCCUCCUAAACGUAAAGGUUUUAAACCCAGUCUGGAUGAUUGCAAGUAUCUAAACCCCAAAGAACAUUUUGGUGAACGCUGGACUGAUGCAUGUCAGCAAGCCUUCGAAGGCAUAAUUGAAACACUCACCUCUUCACCUGUGCUUGGCUAUGCUGAUCCGAAGUUGCCAUACUUCCUUCAUACAGAUGCGAGCACCACUGGAGUGGGAGCCGCACUCUACCAGGAACAGAAUGGACACACACGUGUAAUUGCCUAUGCCAGUCGAGGUUUAUCCCGUAGUGAAUCCAGAUAUCCUGCUCAUAAACUAGAAUUCUUGGCUCUAAAAUGGGCCAUAACCGACAAAUUCCAUGACUAUCUGUACGGCAACACCUUUACUGUUGUCACAGAUAAUAAUCCCUUAACGUACCUCCUCACCACAGCAAAGCUUGAUGCUGCUAGUUACCGCUGGCUGGCAGCACUGUCCACGUACACCUUCGACAUCAAAUACAGAGCUGGCAAACAGAAUCUUGACGCUGAUGGCUUAUCUCGGAGGCCUCAUGGAGAGCUGGAGGAAGAUGUUGUUUCUCAAGAGGAAUGCCAGCGCAUUGAACAGUUUAAAUCUCAUAUAUUGUCCUCUGUAAAUGAAGCUGAUCCUCAACUCCUCCAUGCAAAAACAGUCACUGCUACUUGUCAGAGGCAUAUGGCUCUAACACAAAAUGAUCACUCGUUUGGGCUGGUACAGUCUCUUGCCAUGUCCCCAGCUGCCAUUCCCACUGUCUUUGAGGAGGAAGAUUCCAAUAAUGGUCUUCUGACCAUACCCAAGUACAGUCACCCUGAUCUUGUGCAGAUGCAAAGAGAUGAUCCUGUCAUUGGCAAAGCAAUGAGCUUGUUAGAGGCAGGAAACAACUUACCUACAAACUUCAAAGCUGAUUCCCAUGAUCUCUACUUGGUUUUAAAGGAAUGGAAACGUCUUGAAAUCCAAAAUGAUCUUCUCUAUCGGAAGCGCCUAUCAGGAACAGAAACUGUGAUGCAGUUGCUUCUCCCAGAUGUUCUCAGACCCACAGUGCUUCAGAACCUUCAUGAUGAUAUGGGCCAUCUCGGGAUUGAGCGCACACUUGAACUUGUCAGAUCUCGCUUCUAUUGGCCUAAGAUGGCUGCAGAUGUUGAAAGGAAAGUGAAGACUUGUGAAAGGUGUGUCCGCAGAAAAGCCCCGCCUGAUAAAGCAGCCCCACUUGUAAACAUUCAGACUACCAGACCCAUGGAGUUAGUCUGCAUGGACUUCCUCUCGCUAGAGCCGGAUAGCAAAAACACAAAAGACAUUCUAGUGAUCACUGAUCACUUUACCAAGUACGCCGUGGCCAUGCCUACAAGAGACCAAAAGGCCAGUACUGUGGCCAAGUGCCUUUGGGAACAUUUCUUAGUCCAUUACGGUUUUCCUGAGCGACUCCACAGUGACCAAGGGAGAGAUUUCGAGUCACAUACCAUCCGAGAACUGUGUUCUUUGUUAGGUAUACGGAAGGUUAGAACCAGUCCAUAUCACCCCAGAGGAAACCCAGUCGAACGCUACAAUCGAACCUUACUCAGUAUGUUGGGUACAUUAAAAGACAAAGAGAAAUCCCAUUGGUGUGAGUAUGUAAAGCCCCUCACUCAUGCUUACAACUGUACAAAAAAUGAUGUCACAGGCUUCUCUCCAUAUGAAUUAAUGUUUGGGAGACAACCCCGGCUGCCCAUAGAUAUUGCCUUUGGACUACCAGUCACCAACAAAUCACCCCAGUCACAUUCACAGUAUGUGAAAAAGUUGAAAAGCCAUCUUGAGGAAAGCUACCUAGUAGCCAUCACAAACUCUCGCAAAAUGGCUGAAAAAAACAAGAAGAGGUUUGACAAAGUCAUCCGUGAGUCCACAUUGGAUGUUGGGGACAGAGUCUUAGUCCGCAAUCUUCGUCUCAGGACCAAACACAAACUGGCAGACAAAUGGGAGCAAACAAUAUAUGUAAUCACCAAGAAAAUGGGAGAGUUGCCUGUAUACUCACUGAAACCAGAGAAAGGAGAUGGACCAUUGAGAACGCUUCACAGAGACCUCUUGCUCCCUUGUGGUUUUCUUUCUCAGACAGAAGAAGAGAGGCCAGAGCAUGGCAGUAAACCUAAGAGACCACAAACCCGACAAAGUACAGUCCAACCAGAGGAUCACAACUGGGUUCAAGAGGAGGAUGAGGAAAUCUGUUAUCAGUUUGAACCAUCACAAGGGACAAGAGAGGUACAUUUUAUCAAAGUCUAUGACACAACAAUACCGACCUCAGACAAAGACAAAGAGGAACCUAAGAAGUCUGAAAGAGAGCCUUGCAUGAACCAAUUUGCAGGACCAUUGGGCCAACAGGAAGCCUUAGCUUCUGGAAGUCACCUAUCUGAAAUACCUACUGGAACUCUUCACUCACCAGGUACACCAAUCAGGGAGACACCGAAGGAGUCCAGCCAACACUUGUGUGUACCUGAAAAGGAAAAGGCGACAGAUUCAUACUUACCGGAUUCGGAGUAUGGAAACACAACAGAUGAGGAGUCCGAGCCUCUUUCCAGUGGCAACUCUGACUUUAAGUCAAAAGACAGUUACUCAGACUUGCCUCCAUCCAUGCCAGAUAUUCCAGCAGAUCUACCAGACUUACAGGAAGGAAGCUCUGAACAGACUAGGGACCAAGAAGCUGUUGGAAUAGAAAUAAGAAACCAGCUAAAAGAGCACUUGGAGACAAAAGUACAAAAAAAUGACUCAGAAAUUCCUCAACCCGUCAGAAGAUCAGAGAGGAAUCGUCAGCCAUCACGAAGAUUUCACUAUCCUGAACUAGGAAAUCCUUUAGUCACAGUAGUUAAGUCACUUUUCCAAGGGUUAAGUACAGCUUUUAGUGACUCUCUGAAUGCUGAUGAUAGGGAUUGGUGGUCACAGAGUCAAGCUUAUGAAAUCACAACACCUAUUUUAGGGUAGAGUCAACAUGCACCGGGACGUGCAUGAUAUUUAAAAGGGGAGGAUGUAACCCAGUAGAUAAAUAGAUAGAUAAAACUUAUAACACUAUAAGUUUGGUUUUAUUUUCAUUCUUACUUUCUGUUCGCUAGAAAAUGUGUCAAUCAAAGUAAGUUUGCUUGGCCUUGAUUCUUACUGGCUGUAUUAGUCAAUACAGACAUCUGAUUGGAGAAGGGAAUUAAGUCCCACCCCUCCAGGUUGAAGUUCGGCAGCGCAGUCAAAGCGACAACACAAGCAGACAAGUAGUUAUAAACUAGUUAAGCUGAAAAAAAAAAGAGCGUGGAUAAAUUAAAUUAAAGCAACCUUGAGAUGACACAUAGGAGAAGUGGAAGAGGUGAUUAUAUGAUCUGUGUGCCAGGAGUUGAAUGCUUUUGGCAGAGUCUUGGUGAGUUAAGUUUUGAGUUUUGCUAAUGUGGCUAACAAUAGUAGCCAGUGCUGUCGGCCAACACGUGGCACCGCAGCGUGUUUUUCCUUUUCUUAUUGCUUAUAUGUUAACUUUACAUUGUAUAUGUAUUGAUUUUGAGAGUUAAAGCAGUAUAUCUCUGUUAGGAAAUAUUAAAAUUAUGAGUUAUAGCAGUCUUUUACUUUGGUGUAUAAGAUUACUUUUGUACUUAACUGUUUACACUGGAAGCCUGGCUGCUAAGUUAUUCACUGCUAGUGCUAAUAAUAAUAGGUAAUGUUGGAUAUGGAAAACUGGAUAUGUGCAUUUAAGCUAUAACCUUUUAUAAGAAAAUAUAAGGUGUGUAAAAUACCUAAUGUGGUUAUUUCAUAAUUUAAAGAGAGUUGUUAUAUACAUAAAUAUGCAUGUUAUCAUUUAAAAAAAAAAAGGAAAAGAAGUCCUAUGUUAACUUGAUGGUUAAAACAUUAAAUAAUCAUAAUUCAUGGUUAAAAAAGCUACAAAUAGUUCAUGAAUGGUGUGAGGAUGAUAAAGUACUCCAUAGGAGAAAUGCUGUACAGUUAAAAAUAUUUCAUUAAUUUAAUUACUAUUGUGUGCAGUAGUAUUUUGAUGUGAUUUCAUAUACCGUUGUCAUGGUGAAGUGGGAUGUCAUUGACUCAAUGUAGUAAUAGCCUUAUUCUCAUACAGGCUAGGUUUUUGAGAUUCCCUGGAGAUACCCUUAGAUUUGGAUUUUGGAUUCUCCUUGACGAAGGAGAUGGCGAGCCAGUACUGAACCAGAUCCCCUUACUUAUCCCAAGGAGUUGGAACCAUCUUUCCCCAGAGGAGAAGACCAUCCCGGCCUUCAUUCUCCAUCAUUUGAGUGGUAGGACUGUGACAACUUCACACCUUACCAUAUGACUUCUGACAGAACUAAAACGUUUUGAACUGAAACUGACCCUCUGACUUAAGCUAGCUGAACGGACGACAACUAACUAAACUGGAACUUGAGUGGAUCAAAGGAAUCCUGGACUUUAUUAAUCUUGAACUCUAUUCAUACCAAAGACAUUUCCUUGUGGAGUUGAACUGUGUUGGGUAUUAUAUUUCUAAGGUGGUUUAUGUUAAUUUCAACACUGUGAAACUAUUUUUGUUCCAGAGUCCUGGUUAAGAAAGGACCUUUGUUAUUUUUCAUUAUACAACUUUCAAUACAUUCACAUUUGAUGUUAAAGUA